AUGGGUCGGCUCGACCGGAGUGAUACCACGGCCUCACAGAAAACCGGUGUGAAACAACCACAGCGUCGUGUUUCGCCAUGGAGUGGUAGGUGGAAGGAACUGUGUUACCGUCAACAAAGCGACCUCCAGGCGGACGUAGCGAAAUGGGCGCACGAACACGGAGCACAGGAACUCAGGAAGGAAGGUGACUGUACCGCUAUAAAUGAACACAAUGGGCCGGCCACAAUGGCCGUGCUGAAGUCACAUGUGCGCGGCGAGUGUCGGCUGGAACGGGCGGCGCGUGGCAGUGGCGGGAGCAAAACAGAACAAGCGAAGCGGAGAGUGCGCAGCGCUACACCCACGACCAGCACAAAGGAAUGUAAUUACGCGUCAGUGGCGCACAGCGUGAUUGUUCUUAUUUAG